AUGUCUAGACUAUAUAAAAGCUCAUUAGCUAAGUUCUUAGCAAAAAUUCAUCAACUACCAAUUACUAAUUGUGAGAGUAUGACUAUUCCGUCAUCUCCAUUGAGAAAAAAAACAAAGGAGCUGUUAAAAGAAUCUUUUAGUGCUGAUGAAAUUAAUGAAUUAAUGGAAAUGGUUAAAUUUUCACAUCAACCAAAACGUUUAUUAGAUGAAAUGGAAAUAGAAAAAAUAAAAGAAUCUAGAAAGAUGUCAAAAGAAGAUAAAUUGGGAUGUAAAGUUCAGUCUUCGUAUUGUAAUUCGUUUAAUGAAGAUGUCUCAAAACAUGAAAAACAUUGUGUCAGAAGUUCUUUAAAAUAUAAACAAAAAGAUUUACUUAAAAAUUCAAUAACAGAAAUAAAGAAGACAAAAGAAAGUGCUCCUCAUGUUCACCAUUAA